AUAAAAGCGCAUUCGGGUCUCAUGGCGAUCACACUCGAAAUCUCAUCACGCUCCUCCAUUGGAUCGACAGGAUUCGAGCCAUCCGCACGACAAAAUGAAAUUCCUCAUUGUGACCCUCGCUUUAGCCGCCGUCGCUCUGGCCCAACAUCAACAACAGCCAGUGGCCAUCCUGAAGCAAGCGCAGGACAUCUCGCCGGAAGGAGCCUACAGUUACACCUAUGAGACUGAGAACGGAAUUGCCGCUUCCGAGCAGGGCUCGCUGCAGCACGUUGGACCCAAGAACGAUCCUGCGAUCGUCGCCCAAGGUAGCUUCCAAUACACCGCUCCCGAUGGCACUCCCAUUGCCGUCUCGUACGCGGCCGACGAGAACGGCUUCCAUCCGCAGGGUGCCCAUCUACCAGUCGCUCCAGCAGUGCCCGAGUUGAUCCAGAGGGCUGUCGCGUACGUUCUAGCCCAUCCGCAGCCCGAGAACCAGCAAUAAAUUAUUAUCGAUGACGUUUAGCAACAUCUCCGGACAAAGCGCCUACCUCUCGAGCCACUCAAACUAUAGAGAUACAAACUGUUUCCUUAAUAUAUAAAUAUAAAUAUUUAAGAAAC